ACUGUCCGUAGCUGAUAGAAAGACUGAGAAAUGGCGGAGUACAGGCGAGGGUAGGGAGCCGGGUAUUCGAGGCAGAGGAUUGAUGGACGGGAAACUCAAACCAAACAUCACAUCAAGAUCUGACAGAGUCAUGUGAUUCAUCAGGACCUGAAUAUCAUCAGACUUUUAAUUGGAAGGGUACUAGGAGGAGAGGAUUUGCAGUCGGGCAGCUCAAACCAAACAUCACACCAGGAUCUGACAGAGUUGCCCAAUUUAUCACAACCUAAAUAUCAUUGAAUUUUGAACAUGGAAGGAAAAAGCACCAUUCACAGUGGAGGGAAACCGUACACGUGUUCUGUGUGUGGACGAGGCUUCAACCGAUCAUCUGACCUGUCAAAACAUAAAUGCCAUCACAACGGGAUGAAACCGUGGAAAUGUGGGGAUUGUGGGAAGGGAUUCAAAUCCCCGUCUGACCUGGAAAGUCAUUGGCGCACUCACACUGGGGAGAAACCGUUCACCUGCUCCGAGUGUGGGAAGGGAUUCACUCGUUCAUCCUAUCUGCUGAUACACCAGCGAGUUCACUCUGGGGAAAGGCCAUUCACCUGCUCUAAGUGUGGGAAGGGAUUCAUUCAGUCAUCCAACCUGCGGACACACCAGCGAGUUCACACUGAGGAGAGGCCUUUUAAAUGUCCGGACUGCGGGAAGUGCUAUAAAGGUUCCAUGGAACUGAGGCGCCAUCGACGUGUUCACACUGACGAGAGACCAUUCAGGUGCUCUCACUGUGGGACUGGGUUCAGGUGGUUGUCUCAACUCACUGCACACAAGCACAGUCACACUGGGGAGAGGCCAUUCACCUGCUUUGUUUGUGGGAAGGGAUUCACUCAGUCAUCCAACCUUCUGAGACACCAGCAUGGUCACAGUGAUGAGAGGCCAUUCACCUGCUCCAUGUGUGGGAAGGGAUUCACUCAGCAAUCCCAUCUGCUGACACACCAGCGAGUUCACACUGACGAGAGACCUUUUAAAUGCCCAGACUGUGGGAAGUGUUUUAAAAGCUCCCAGGACCUGAUAUCCCAUCAACGUGCUCACACUGAUGAGAAACCAUUCAGGUGCUCUCACUGCAGGACUGGGUUCAGGCAAUCAUCUCAACUCAUUGUACAUCAGCGAGUUCAUACUGGGGAAUGGCUGUUCACCUCCCCUGAGUGUGGGAAGGGAUUAACUCCGUUAUCUAUCCUGUUAACACACCACCGGGUUCAGACUGGGGGGCGACCAUUCAUCUGCCUUGAGUGUGGGAAGGGAUUCACUCACCCAUCCAACCUUCUGAGACACGAGCGAGUUCAUACUGGGGAGAGACCGUUCACUUGUUCUGAAUGUGGGAAGGGAUUUAAGCAAUCAUCCAACCUGCUGACACACCAGCGAGUUCACACUGGGGAGAGACCAUUUACAUGCUCUGAAUGUGGGAAGGGGUUUGCUUAUUUAUCUACACUGCUGAGACACCAGCAAGUUCACAAGUAACGACAAUGGCUGGAUUUUGCUGUUAAUCAUAUCCAGGACUGAACUAUGUUUUUUGGGCUCUUCUUUGGUGAUAAUAAACUGCAACCCAGUUAUGGGGACUAAUA